GGUACAACCCCUUUCUAUCCUCUGUUUUAUACUUGUAUUCCUUUCCAUUUUCUUUGUUUCUAUCCAAUCUUUCGGUUUCGUCCCCUACGUCCCGAACAGAACCUAAAUCUACACCAUGGUUUUAACACUAGUGUAGCGUAAAAACCGCUCUUACAGAGGCGGUACAUUUGAUGGAUAAAAAACAAUGACGUGGACGCUCUCUGGCACAUUACUUGUGCGUUCGGGUCGGCUGGUUGGAGUUGCCGAGCGUCCGGACGGAAACCUUCCGGAGGGAGCCGAGCCACCAGCGAGGUGGCCGUGUCCUCUCCCAGUUCCAAUGGCGCGCCGCCGCGUGCUCCUCUACCUCAAGCCCUUCGAUGUUUACCCUCCGCGCCCUCUCUCCGGCGCCUCCUCCCUUACCUUCCCGCCACCACCUCCGCCGCCGCGCGCCGCCAACCCCAAGAUCUUAAGUUAUCUGGACGAUCGAUGCAGAGUCCACAAGGACACAAUCAAUCUCUGUAAGAGUGUACUACAGCGCAAGCCCCUUGACUGGAUCUCAGUGCAGCGAAAUCAUUUGACAAAUCCAAUACGUGAUGUGGAUCUUGUGAUUACCGUCGGUGGCGAUGGCACACUUUUACGGGCUAGCCAUUUUUUGGAUAGCUCGAUUCCCAUUUUAGGUGUUAAUUCGGAUCCUACUUGUUCUGAUGAGGUUGAUGAGUUAACUGAGGAAUUUGAUGCAAGAAGAAGCACCGGAUAUCUUUGUGCAGCUACUGCCCGGAACUUCGAGCAGAUACUUGACGCAACCCUUGCUGGCAGUAGACACUAUUCAGAGCUGUCAAGAAUAUCAGUGAAACUAAAUGGAUCCCAGCUACCGACUUAUGCUCUGAAUGAUAUAUUGGUGUCACACCCCUGUCCGGCAAGUGUAUCACGCUUCUCAUUAAGAAAAAGAAGCAAUGGGGAGACCUCACGUUUGAUUAAUUCUAGAUCAAGUGGUCUCAGGGUUGCAACAGCUACUGGAUCAACUGCUGCCAUGCUAUCAGCAGGAGGAUUUAUGAUGCCAAUAUCAAGUCGUGAGCUUCAGUAUAUGAUAAGGGAGCCCAUUUCACCAACGGAUGCCGACAAACCACUGCUGCAUGGAUUAGUUAAGCAAGAGCAACAUAUGCUUGUUGUUUGGUACAAUCAAGAGGGUGCUGUGUAUAUUGAUGGUUCUCAUGUAACAUAUCCAAUCCAGCAUGGGGAUACACUUGAGGUCUCCUCAGAUGCUCCAGUCUUAAAAGUUAUUUUACCAGAAUAUCUGUUAAAGCAGGCAUCUUUAUAAUGAAAUAACGUUAUCACUGUUC